CUCUCUCUCUCUCUCCUUUUUCCUCCCCUCUUCCCAGUCCCGUGCCGCCGCACGCCCGGUCGCCCGUUGCCCGCGCCGCCGCACCGCGCAGGCGGCCAGGCGCGCACGGCGCACCGACCACCGAGACCUGGCGGCCUGGUCCCUGCUGCUGCAUCGCGGUGAAGAGGACGCGGCUGACGAGGAGUCGAGGACGCGGCUGCUGGAUCCUCUGCCGUCUGCGGUCUGGCUCUGAAGAGGACGCACCGAGCCGCCGCCGGAUUCGCCCCAAGCACCCAACGGCCAACCCAAACUCCGAAAGGGGAAAAUGUCUACUCCUGGCACAUCUUCGGCUGCUGGAUCUCAAGUGCAAGCUGCCGACGACGUGCGCGAGCUCCUCCUCUCCACCACAGCCGACGCCUCUGACCCGUCCACGCCCCUCUCAGCGCCCGACCUCCGCCUCCUCAUCGACCGCCUACGCCUCCGCUCCGACCGCCUGCACGCCUCGGCCCUCUCCUUCGCCGCCUCUAACCGCGGGGCCCUCGCCAACGCGCUCCUCCGCGCAGCCUCUGCCGCCGAUUCCUCCGCCUCCUUAAAGUCUUCCCUCGACUCUGCGCUUGCCCCGCUCGCCUCCUCGCCUGACCUCUCCGACCUCAGGGCCCUUGCCGACCGCCUCCUCUCUGCCCGCCGCGAGCUCGCCGAGCGCCAGGAGCACCUCGCUGCUGCCUCCACAAUUGCUUCGCUCGCUGCCCGCCUCCGUGAGGCCCGUGCCGCAGCAAGCCCCCUUGACAGGGCUGCUGCCGUUGCUGAACUCAAGACCCUCCUGAUCGAUCCCGACAGAUCUGGAUCUGAUCAAGACGACCCGGUCGUAUUUGGGCUCCUCAGGAACGACUGGGAGCAACUUGUCGACGAGCUGGAAGUGGGGCUUGGGAAGAAUGUGGAGGAGUGUGUGGAAUUUGCGCCAGAGGGAGGUAAGGUUGUGGUGAGGGCUACUCCGAGAGGUCACUCCGGUGGAAGUGUUGAGCUUCCUGUUGCCCUGCAGGCGUUGGAGACUAUUGAUGCCCUAGGCUAUGGGAUGGCAAAAAUUGCAGACUUGAUGAUGAAACAUAUUCUCGUUCCAGCAAUCAGUAACAUACAGGUGUCAGUGAUUGAGGAAGUUGGUCCAGAACACUCUGUAUCAGUCUUGAGUGUAGUCCCUUCUGAGGAAAUAAAAGACAAUAAAGAUGGUUCAAAUCUGUACUCAAGAAUAAUUGAUGUCAUCAAGUUUGUGUGCAAAUUCAUUUGCAUGGAAAAUAGCAAGUGGGUUCAGUCUUUUGCAAAGUUAACCUGGCCAAGAAUUUCUGAUCUGGUUAUCACACACUUUCUCUCCAAGGCUGUACCCAAUGAAGCAUCCAAGCUAAUUGAGUUCCAAGAUGUCGUACGAAGUACAGUUGAAUUCGAGAACAAACUUAGGGGCAUGAUGUUUCUUUCGCCUGAUAGAAAGGAUGGCAAAUUGACCCAAUUUGUUGAUGAUGUUGAAGUUCAUUUUGCUGUACGGAAGAGAAGUGAGAUCUUGGUGAAAGCAAGGAACAUUCUUGUACAAUAUGAUUAUGAUAGUCCUCUGGAAUCUGGUGACCAAGGUGAUUCUGUUGUUGAUCUACUUUUUCAGCCAGAGAAGUGUUUUACAUCUAAAUCAGCACUUCUAGUAAUGAAAUUGGUUCAUGGAGCCCUCAAGGAUGCAUCUUUGUCAUCAGCAAGAGUAGCUAAGGAGUUCUGCUUUGCUGCUAGGGAUGUUUUGCUCCUUUAUAAGGCUAUUGUGCCAGUUCAGCUAGAGAAGCAAUUUGAUAGCUUAAGUCAAGUGGCUGCUAUUGUUCACAAUGAUUUCUACCAUUUGUCCCAAGAAAUUCUGGGCCUUGCAUUUCAGUAUCGUGCAGAUUUUCCUAGUGAUCUACAAAAACAGGUUGUUUUUGUGGAUUUAGCCCCAAUCUUCUCCCAGAUGGCAGAUGCUGUAUUGAGAAGACAAAUACAACUCGCUGUUGAUACUAUAAGUGAGGCUAUAGAUGGCGCUGAAGGUUUUCAGAACACACACCAACCUCAGCAUUAUGAGUCGGCAAAAUUUAGUAUCGAGCAGGUCGUGUUUAUUUUGGAAAAGAUACGCAUCAUGUGGGAAUCGAUACUGCCAAGAUCAACUUACAGGAAAAGUAUGUGUCAUGUCCUUGGGUCUGUCUUCUCAAGAAUUACAAGGGAUAUGCUUCUGAUAGAUGACAUGGCAGCAGAAGAGACAUUGCAGCUUCAAGGCCUUAUCCAUUUGGCUCUGGAAAACCUCUCUUCACUAUUUCUUUCCCUGGUUGAGAACGAUGAUGGCAGCACAAAGUUCUUAGACCAUGACACUUGGAUUCAAUUGGAUGGAAUUCUACCCUCUUUGAAAAAGUUCCGCAAGCUUGCAGAGUUGCUUGAUAUGUCAUUGAAGUCCAUCACAGCAUGUUGGGAAAGUGGAGACCUAGCUAGAUGUGGUUUCACAUCAUCUGAGGUGCAAAAUUUCAUCAAAGCAAUAUUCGCCGACUCACCUCUUAGGAAGGAGUGCCUAGGAUGGAUCAUUAGGACGCCAGCUUAGAAUGCAGAAGCAACAGCAUAUUUGUCACCGGGUCAAUGAUUUUUUUUUCAUAUUCUUUUGACCACAGCAUGUUAAUAUGCCACAGAAGCAACAUCAUGUUAAUAUGUUAUUAAUGUCUGGUCUGAGCUAAAUAUAGAAGCUGCAUGGUAAUCUUUGUAAACAAAGAACUUUGGUGACCCAAGGUUAUGAAGGAUAUACUGGACAUGCAGAAGAAAAUAGGCAAGAAAAAAAAAUGAUCUCGAGUGACAAUAAAAUUUCGUUAGAACCGCUA